AUGACCGUUAAUCUGGUCCAGGAGUUCGAAUACACGAGCAAGUUCAUUUCUUGCGUUUCCGUCAACAAUUCGUUCGUCUUCUCGACGGACAAUGGUCUGUUGAUCGUCGACAUCCAGUCAGACCUGUUCAGGCCGUCUGUGGACUACAAGGUAUUCAGGACGUCAAUCCCAUUCUCAAAAGAGAAACCGUUUGAAGAUAAAAACUUCAAUGAAAUACGUUUCCAAACACCAGUGGUGUGCCAAGAACACAAUUUGACAGUAUAUCCAAACAGUCGGAAUUGGCAUGUCAUUUAUAUGGGAAACAACAGCAAUAUAGUGUUUUUAGAAAAAAAUAAUAAUAAAUGGAUAGAAAAAUUAAGUGACAUACCACAAAAAUGGUUUUUAAUAGUAUCUAAGAAACCUUGUUUCUUAAUAGAUAAAAAGAAUCUUAGUAUUUUUAAAACUGAGAACCGAAUACUUUAUUAUUGCCGUGAAAAAGAAAAGUCGUUACAAAUUAAAAAUUUUGUUUUUACUCAUACCUUAAAACAUGAAAAUGAAACAGAAGUUUAUGGAACUAUUUGUUGUCAUUUAAAUAAUAUGUUGACAUUUUGGUCAACUUCAUCAGAAAAAUCAUUUUUUUUGAAAGAGUUUGAAUUUUAUACUGUUUCUAUAAAACAUAUUAAAUGGUUUCAGAUAUCAAGUGAAUUAUUUUGGUUAGUAGUUUCCUUGACAAAUGGUCAAGUUUAUGUUCAUGAAAUAUUGAACUACCCUAACGUGCACUGUACAUUUAUUUUGUGGCCGGACGAAGACUUUGCCUGUGUGAAAAACAUUCAAGUAGAAAGUAUUUCAAAUGAUAAAUGUCUCAUAUUUUUUACAAAAAUGUCAUUUGUAUUGGUGAUGUUGUAUUCAUUAUCCGAAAAACAAAUUUUAUCAACAAAAAAAGAAAUGAUUCCUAAAACUGCAAUUAUACCUGGUUUUACAAUUGUAUUAGAAAAAAAUUUAUUAAUACUAGUGACAGAUGUUGGUAAAUUUAUUUGUAUGUAUUUUUCUGCUAUAAAAUCAGAAGUAACGUAUACUUUAAAAAUAGUAAAUAAUAAUUUUAGUGAACAAGUACAAAACUAUACUUGUACAUCAGUAGUAUUUUCAAAAAAUGAGUGUAUAUGUGUUCUCACAUUUCAGUGCAACAUAGCCAAGUAUAGUAAAAAUGAUGGUCAUGUUAAAAAUAAAUUGUUAUUUUGUACUAUUCCUGAAAACUUAGUUGAACUUGAGAAAAAAAUUUUAUCAAUAAAUGAUUGUGAUUAUGAAAAUGUUAUUGAUUGUAUUGAGACUCUAAGGAUUAAUAGAAUGGACGACACAUUGGAUAAAGUGUGUCAGUUAGAUAGAAAAUCAUUAGACAAAUUAUCCAUCCAACAUCUUAAGUUUACUUAUUGGAAUAUAGCCUUCAAAAUUAAGAAAAAUGAACAUGAUGAAAAUGUUUUACAAGAGUUACAAAUGUUACUUCAUACACGUCAUAUAAUUAGUUAUUUUUCUAAUAAGAAAAAAAAAUUUAAAAAGGAGGACCAAUAUUAUUGUCGAACAAUGCUAUCCUAUUAUAUGAAUAAACUAUCAGUAGAAUAUGUCCAAGUUAAAGUGGAUGCUGCUAAUUUGAUUGGUUCUUUUACUGGUUCUAAACAUACUUACUUUUGCAACACAUGUAAACGGAUUUUGUUAUCAUUUACAGAUUUCAGAAUGUUUGUUUGUGAACAAGAACACAAAGAACUUAGAUGUCCUGUUACUUUAGGACCACUCGGUAUGCCAAGUUUAGUGUGUUCUAUGUGUUUUACCAUGGCUAAUGUUAAUGCAGAAAAUCAAAGUUGUGUUUGGUGUUUUGGAAAAUAUGUACCUAACAAACUACUAUUCUAA